GACUUUUCAGAGUAAUAAUUCAAUUUGUUUGUCCGAAAAACGGAAAAAAGCCGCUAUCCACAAAACACGGCGCCACGUGUGAAGACGAGAACCAGUUAGACAUCAACUAAACUAAAUAUCAAACUCCCCCUUCCACUCCCUCCCGGAAGUUGAUCGGAGCCGCGGCGAUGACCACCUUCAUCAUCUCCUCCUCCCUCUACUCUCCGCCGCAUCACCACCGUCCCCCCGACACCACCACCAAACACUCUUCCCCUCCUUCUCCUACCUACUCAAAUUUCAACAAAAGUCAUGACCAUAGAUUAGGCGAGGGAUUAUUGUUACUACGUAAACGAACCGGGACGAGAAUCUUCGCUGACGUCAAGUCUGAACCGUAUGACAUCACCGGUUCUCCUCCCGAGUCGAUUCCAUAUAAGAAUGAGAAAGAUGUUGCUGACAUUGUAGAUGAACAAGGCGGUGAAGUUGUGUGGUGGGAAGAGUUUCCUAAGCGGUGGACGAUCGUUAUUCUGUGCUUCUCUGCUUUCCUCUUAUGCAAUAUGGAUAGAGUGAAUAUGAGUAUUGCUAUACUUCCCAUGGCUUCGGAGUAUAAUUGGAAUUCGACAACGGUUGGUUUGAUACAGUCUUCCUUUUUUUGGGGUUACCUUCUCACUCAGAUUGCUGGUGGUAUUUGGGCUGACACUGUUGGUGGGAAACGUGUUUUGGCAUUCGGAGUGGUUUGGUGGUCUGUAGCUACCAUUCUUACACCAGUAGCUGCCAAGAUUGGGUUGCCUUUCUUACUUGUUGUCCGUGCUUUGAUGGGUAUUGGCGAGGGUGUAGCUAUGCCAGCGAUGAAUAAUUUACUGUCAAAAUGGGUUCCUGUUUCAGAGAGAAGUAGAUCACUGGCACUGGUAUACAGUGGAAUGUACCUUGGAUCUGUUACUGGAUUAGCAUUUUCACCAUUUCUAAUUCAUCAGUAUGGAUGGCCGUCUGUCUUUUAUUCUUUUGGCUCUUUAGGAACAGUUUGGGUUGCAUUAUGGCUAAGUAAGGCGCAAAGUUCUCCUCUUGAAGAUCCUGAGCUACGACCUGCGGAAAAGAGGCUGAUACUUAGCAGUAGAGUUUCUAAAGAACCUGUGAAAAGUAUACCUUGGAAAGCAAUUUUGUCGAAACGGCCUGUAUGGGCUUUAAUAGUGUGUCACUUUUGUCAUAAUUGGGGAACAUUCAUUCUCCUCACGUGGAUGCCAACAUACUAUAACCAGGUCCUGAAGUUCAACCUAACCGAGUCUGGGCUUUUUUGUGUAUUGCCUUGGCUUACGAUGGCAUUUUCUGCUAAUCUUGGUGGUUGGAUUGCUGACACACUAGUGAGCAGAGGAUUAUCUGUGACAUCUGUUCGAAAGAUUAUGCAGACUGUUGGGUUCCUAGGCCCUGCUUUUUUCUUGACGCAGUUAAGCCAUAUUAAUUCUCCUGGAAUGGCAGUUUUGUGCAUGGCAUGCAGUCAGGGAACUGAUGCGUUCUCACAAUCUGGUUUAUAUUCAAAUCAUCAAGAUAUUGCUCCUCGAUAUUCAGGAGUAUUGCUUGGUCUGUCUAAUACCGCUGGUGUGUUGGCUGGAGUUUUGGGAACAGCAGCAACUGGUUACAUUUUGCAACACGGUUCAUGGGAUGAUGUCUUCAAGGUCUCCGUUGGCCUGUAUUUGGUGGGUACUGUAAUAUGGAAUCUUUUCUCGACUGGUGAGGAAAUAAUUUAGCUCGUAUGGUUUCAUUCAACUGAAGACCAAUAUUGCACCAACGAGCCCCAAGUCGAUAUCAAAAAUCAGAUGGUGAUAAAAUGCACAAUCAGUCCGGAAGUGCUGCAGAUUGUUGAUACUAAUUUUUAGCUCCAAGGAUUGAAGGAGCAGGUGGAUAAAUCACUCUGAAGAUAUAACCUAAUUAUUUUGUAGAAUGUCAUACAGCCAGCUCCUCUCCAAUGUGGUAAAAUGGCCCAUUUUAGAGAAAUUAAACCAUGUGAGAAGGGAAGAUGAUGAAUCAAGUCAAGUAUUUGACAUAAUAUGUAUAUUGUUAUGGACCAAAUGAUCAAAUUUAACAAAGUAAAAAUUGUGAAUAUAGUACAUUUUGUUAUGGAUU